GUCCGUUUCCACCGUCAGUCCCCGUAUGUUGCCACAGUUGUUGCUGCAAGCCGACACUCGAAGUGUUUGGAGGAUGUUUGUGGCGUUCUCUUGGCGAUAAUUGGAUUGGAGAACACGGAGUUUAGGCCAGUCGAGCAGCUGCGGUUGGUGGAGCCAGACUGAAAAUUCAUAUUAAAAGAGCCUGCCAGGUCUGGAGGAAACAAAUAACAAAUAUGGUUCCAGUCAAAAGACUAGUGGCAGUUGUUGUAAUGGCCCUGGUUAUUGCGAAUGUUUUGUUAAUGACGUCAUGGCGGGAUAACGUUAAUAAUUAUUACCGAAGUUCGAUAAAAUUGCGAGAGGAUGCCAACAUUCCAACAACGAGCGCUACAGCACCUGGACCAAUACGUGUAUUGAUACAUGCCCGGAUGCGAACUGGUUCGUCCUCGACCGCGAGAUAUAUUUCUUCACGUCCUGACUUCCAGUACUUGUACGAGCCUGGUUUGAUAUUUCGCCAUUCUCAACAGUACACGUUUAAUGCAUAUGACGACAGUUUCUCGCAGUUAUCGCCACUGCAGCCGGAGCUUUCUGAAGUGAUAGAGGGUUUCUUUCAAUGUAAUUAUUCCCAUAGUCCUUUAUUGGUCUAUUUUCUGAAUCGCGCCCCCUGGGUCACAACUCAAAUGAACAUCAGUAAUUUAGGGGUAAAAAACAAAACAAUCACUCCCGAAAAAUUGACUUCAUAUUGUAAAACAAAACGUCACAGUAUUGUUAAAACUAUUCGAAUUACCAAUAUUCUUGAAGCGAUGUCCUUACUACAAAGAUAUAACGUAAAAGUUAUUAUCCUUGUCCGUGAUCCACGAGGAAUGAUUUCAUCCAGAGAGCGGUUCCAAGUAUGGCGGUUCAGCAAUGAAUGGUCGCGUAAGGUUAAUUUACCGAAGUUCAAACAUGCUGUACAAAACCAUUGUCAGUGGUUAGACGCCAACAUACAGGCUGUGUUAUACGGUCCAGAGUGGUUUAAAGCAAGUUACAUAGUUGUACGCUACGAAGAUUUAACAGAUAGGCCAUUUGAACUCGUCCCGAAGUUGUAUGAUUUCAUAGGCCUGGAUGCGAAAGACAUCUCAGCUGAAAUGUACAAUGUAACGAAGAUUGGCAACGGGAUGGCGUGGCGACACGUGCUACCGUGGGAGAGAACGUUGACUGCCCAGUCGUCUUGCCCAGGCAAUGUGUUUGACGUAUUUGGAUAUGUAAAAGCCAAGAGUGAACACGAAUUGCGUGAUGAGUCAUUUCUGCUGAUGCGAAACGUUUCUGAAUUAUCAGACAAAAUACGAUUUCUGAAGUAGAACGUCAUUGCAACUGACUUAUUAUAUAGGCCGUACACAUUGCGGGUUGAAACUUCAGAUGGUCUGUGGGUGAACAGAAUUGAAUAUCUACACAAAUUCUUAAAAUGAAAUCGAAAUUAAUUAUAUUUGUGUUGAAAGGCAUGGUCGUAGUGUGAUCAGAGUGAGAAUGACGCAAUGCCCAUGGUGGUUAGGAACCCACAACGGAUUGUAAGUUAUAUACUAGUAUAUAAAUCAUUGUACCAUCUAUUGUAAAAGACGUUGAAAUAAUUUAGAUAAAGUGCAAAAAGUCUCAAUGUG